AUGAAGAAGUCUGGUUAUAGGGCCGGCGGUCGUCCUGGUAUUCGCUUGACGUCCCGCUUGACGUCAUGCGAUAUAGUGAUGAACGCUGGACCAGUUCAUAACCACCCUGGUCCAACUUUCACCACUAUAUUGCAUGACGUGCCGUGCCUAUCUGGUUUUCGAUUUCUUGGCGUAUUCAACGGUAUCCCUCAUCUUCGUUCGUCGACGGAGCUCGGCACCCCGCAUUUUCUUCUACACCUGCGUGUAUAG